AUGGACUUUCAAGUAUGGGACUUUCCUGGGCAGCUUAACUACUUCGAUCCUACCUUCGACAGAACAGAAAUCUUCUCUGAAAUUGGGGCAUUAGUAUGGGUCAUCGAUGCUCAAGACGAUUACACCGACAGCGUCACACGACUUACCGCCUCCGUUGCCAACCUCCAAGACAUCUACCCCAACAUCAACAUCGAGGUCUUUGUGCACAAAAUCGACGGCCUUAGUGACGAAUAUAAGUCCGACACAUUUCAAGACAUUAGACAGCGAAUCGAGGACGAGCUAAACGAUCAUGGCUACAAGAAUCCUCCUGUCAGCUACCAUCAGACCUCAAUCUACGACUAUAGUAUCUUCGAAGCGUUCAGCAAAGUCAUUCAAAAACUAGUGCCUCCCCUUGCCACCCUGGAGAAUCUUCUGAACAUCCUUGUCAACAACAGCGGAAUGGAGAAGGCAUAUCUCUUCGACACCAUGAGCAAGAUCUAUGUUGCCAGUGACACACGCCCAAUCGAUAUGGAAGUCUAUGAGAUGUGUUCAGAUUAUAUCGACGUGAUCCUCGACAUCAGCGAGCUCUAUUCGUACCCAAGAUCGGAAUCAACUAGGCUCGGUCCACAAAUGGUUGAGACGGAGUCGAGUGUAACCAUACAUGAUGGCACUAUGAUAUAUUUGAAGGAGAUGAACAAAUAUUUGUGCCUGGUAUCAGUGAUCAAACAUCCCGAUGCCAAAGACAAAAAGGGAUUGCUGGAUUACAACGCUCACAUCUUUCAAGACGCUUUGAAUGAGGUUUUCGCUCGUGGCUGGGAGAAGCAAGAGAAUGGGGAAGCUGCCAAGGAGCCAGCAGAGCAUUAA